AUGGCGUCGCGGUUGCAUGCGCGAUUGCGCCAGCUCAAAUCCGAUGGAAAUGACCCCAUUUGGUCGGCUUUUGCGCUGCCCUCGGCGGAGCAGCUGUCCCGGUUUCGCUGGAGCCUACGUGAAAAGCUCUUUAUCCUGAGCCUGAGCUUACUCGAUCGUGAUGCUGGCGCCGUGCUCUAUGAAAUGCAAAGCGUGCGCAAACAGCAGCGCAGCAGCGAAGGCGGCCUGCCUGAUUCCGAACGCGAACUACACGAAGAGGGUUACCGUCUGACUUUUGCACAGAUCUUCCUCACCAAGGCUCGAGAGCUCACGAAAAAAAAAUUGCGCAUCGCACCCGAAAAACUGGUGCUGGAUGCAAGUGCCGUGGAUGUCUUUCGACUGCUCCACACCCUCCUUGACGUGGCAGAUGCACGACCACCACUCCCGGCAUCGAGUGCCCGUGCCGCACCGAGCAACGAGUCUGCACCUCGCGCCCGCCGUCCUCCACUCCCGCAUGAUGAGCAACCCAUUCCCACGCUGCUUCGCCGCAACAAGCCAUCUGCUUUACCUCCUAGCUCUCCACCCCACGGACAAGCCGGCAGUCCCGAGGCUCGACCAAAGCUGGACUCUGCUGGUGUAAACUCUGUGCAUUUGAGCUCGCGCCCCAGCACGGCUAUAUCAUCGGCUACCGCAUCCCGCCCCGGAACUGCGCGCCACGCACCCGUAGCGCCGGGAACCCUCAAUGCCCUCCGUGACCGCUUUGCCGCCAUGGAGGCCCACAACCUGGCUCUCUUGACUCAGGUCCGUCAGUUACUGGCCCACUUGGCCCAGCGCGGUGAGCAAGUGCAGGGCCUUGAAAACACACUCUUGGAGCUGCAGGAUCUGGCUGGGGCAGAUGGGGAUGUCAUGGCGGCAUCCGGCAUGGCGCGACGCCUCAAGCGAGCAUCGCAGCACAGCGCCGGCAGUGACCGGACCCAUGUGUCCACCCAUAUUGCACGUGGUGAUGCUGACUCUCCUGGACCCGGCCCGACGGCGCAUGAGCUUCGUGUACUGCGAGGCAAAUUGCAGGCCGCAAUGCGGCACGUGGAAUCGCUGCAUCGCUUGGUCCAAGAGCGCUCCGAGGCCACCCCACUGCCGCCCAAUCCCUGGGCAGCCUAUUUGAUGGGUGAGGCUGAUGCUCAGGCCUUGGAAGCCUCAACCGCAGCAACGGCACCUGACGCAGAUGUGGCCAAGCCUACAGUCCUCGACCUUGUGGACAGUCAUGUGCCCGCAACACUCUUUGCGCGAGUGACCGAGCUUGAAGAGGUGCUCAGCAAGGCUGUGGCCGAGAGCCUGCCCGUGGCCAUGGAGCCCGUGCAGCUCGAUCUCUCGCGACGCCUCCUUCAACUGCGCCUAUUGUUGCCAACACCGGGAAUGAUUCCACACCGCCGUUCAGACAAAUCGGUCGCAAACCCGCCUGUGCCCAUCGAUCAGGCUGGGGUUCAGACUGAGGCCGGGGCGGGGGCCGAUGCAUUCUUCGUGCCUGCCGUGCGCAUCCCAAAUAGCACGGCUGAACUCAAAGUUUUAGCCAAAGACCACGGUCGACUUCAGAACUUGCUGCAAGCCCUGACGCUCGAAAACCAAUAUUGGCGAACCAUGGCACACCGUAGUCUGAGUACGCGAAGCGCGUCCACCACCAGUGCCACGGCUCAGGUACAGGCGUUGCACCAGCUUGGCAAGCAGAUGGACACGUUUCAUCGUCGCAUGGUUCAACAAGUGCGCAAGUCUCUGCUGCAAAUGCAAAAGGAAGUACGCUCACCUUUGAGGACUUCUGAGGAGGUCGCCGCUUUCCAAGAAGCAGUUCAAGCGCAGCUAGAACGAUUGCAGGACCGUGUGGGCGCUGGUUCAGACGUCGAGCAUGGGCUACGACGCUGGUCAGCCCAGCUCACCCGCCUUGAGCAACUGGCCACAUAUGGCUUUGAGACGGCCGAUCUCGAAGAUCUGGCGCGCCAACUUCAAACUGCUGCCAAUGCCCUUUAG